CCCAGGACCCUGCAUUCACUAUAUCUGGUCUCCCACAGACCCUGCAUUCACUAUAUCUGGUCUCCCACAGACUCUGCAUUCACUAUAUCUGGUCUCCCACAGAAACACACAACAUGGAAAUGUAAUUACGUUAGUAAAUAUAAACUGCUAAAUACCUUUUCUCAUCAGCAGUUAGAGCAGUCUUGUGACUUCUAUCAGUCUCCAGCUGAGCACAGGUUAAAGCUUGUAGGAGGAGUUUUCAUUCUGCUCUAG